GGCGCUCUGAAACCCUGAUCUGUUCACAUUCGAACUGCAAAAGCCAAACUUGAGGAUCUACGCUCCCUGCAGGCCGGCCAGACGCAGCCAGCAGCCUCCGGAGAAGAUGGUGGCGGAAAAAGAGGGUGUAAGCCCCCCCAAACUGAGACCCCAGCAGCUGCAGGAGCCGCUGCGACACGCAAGAAGAACCAAGAAGCAGGUCAGCGAUGGAUUCACCAUCAAAGCAAUGAUGAAAAAUACCGUGGUGAAGGGUCCUCCAGCUGCAGGAGCGUUUAAAGAAAGACCAACAAAGCCCACAGCAUUUCGCAAGUUUUAUGAACGAGGUGACUUCCCAAUUGCCCUUGAGCAUGAUACAAGAGGAAACAAAAUAGCCUGGAAGGUGGAGAUUGAAAAAUUGGACUACCACCACUAUUUGCCACUGUUUUUUGAUGGAUUGUGUGAAAUGCAAUUUCCUUAUGAGUUUUUUGCUCGGCAAGGCAUCCAUGACAUGUUGGAGCAUGGUGGGAAUAAGAUCCUUCCUGUCAUUCCUCAGCUCAUUAUUCCAAUAAAAAAUGCGCUGAACCUUCGAAACCGACAGGUCAUCUGCAUCACGCUCAAAGUCCUUCAGCACCUGGUGGUGUCAGCUGAUAUGGUGGGGGAAGCUUUAGUGCCCUAUUAUCGUCAGAUUCUCCCUAUUUUAAACAUCUUUAAGAAUAAGAAUGUGAACUCUGGCGAUGGCAUUGACUACAGCCAGCAGAAGCGAGAAAAUAUUGGAGACUUGAUUCAAGAGACACUGGAAGCUUUUGAGCGCUAUGGUGGUGAAGAUGCUUACAUAAACAUAAAAUACAUGGUCCCAACUUAUCAGUCAUGCCUGUUAAAUUAACAAGAAUGAUGCCACGAGCACUUUCCAGCUCAGUCUAAUGUUUUGGUACUCAUUCCACACCCCCACACCCCCCCAACAUACUAAAAAAGCAGCUUCUGGGACCUUAAACUCUUUAGCUCUUCAGUACAAAUGUGAGCCUGUCUUUCCAAUGCAUAAAUAGUGCCUGUUUCUUGGA